AUGUUUAACUACGAACGGCCAAAACACUUCAUCCAAUCCCAAAAUCCAUGUGGCUCCAGACUGCAGCCUCCUGGACCGGAAACCUCCAGCUACUCUAGCCAGACCAAACAGUCUUCCCUUAUCAUCCAGCCCCGCCAGUGCACAGAGCAAAGAUUUUCUGCUUCAUCAACAGUGAGCUCUCACAUCACCAUGUCCUCUGCUUUUCCUGCUUCUCCCCAGCAGCCUGCUGGCUUCAACCCGGGCCAAAGGGUUACAGCCACAUAUAACCAGUCCCCUGCCAGCUUCCUCAGCUCCAUAUUACCAUCACAGCCUGAUUACAGUAGCAGUAAAAUCCCUUCCACUGUGGACUCCAACUAUCAACAACCCUCAGUUGGCCAAUCUGUGAAUGCUAAGCCAUACCAAAGUACAAAUUCUAAGCCCACACCAAGGACUCCUGACCAUGAAAUACAAGGAUCAAAAGAAGCUCUGAUUCAAGAUUUGGAAAGAAAGCUAAAAUGCAAGGACAGCCUUCUUCAUAAUGGAAAUCAAAGGCUAACAUAUGAGGAGAAGAUGGCUCGCAGAUUGCUAGGACCACAGAAUGCAGCUGCUGUGUUUCAAGCUCAAAAUGACAGUGAGGCACAAGAUUCACCACAGCAGCACAAUUCAGAACAUGCACGGUUGCAAGUUCCUACAUCACAUGUAAGAAGUAGAUCAUCUUCAAGGGGAGGCGUGAAUGAUGAGGAUGCAAUCCAGGAGAAAUUUUACCCGCCUCGUUUCAUUCAAGUGCCAGAGAAUAUGUCAAUUGAAGAAGGAAGAUUCUGCAGAAUGGACUUCAAAGUGAGCGGACUGCCAGCUCCUGAUGUAUCAUGGUAUCUAAAUGGAAGGCCAGUUCAAUCAGAUGAAUUUCAUAAAAUGAUAGUGUCUGAGAAGGGUUUUCAUUCACUCAUCUUUGAAGUAGUCAGAGUUUCAGAUGCAGGGGCUUAUGUGUGUGUGGCUAAGAACAGAGCAGGAGAAGCCACCUUUACUGUGCAGCUGGAUGUCCUAGCAAAAGAACAUAGAAGAGCACCAAUGUUUAUCUAUAAACCACAGAGCAAAAAAGUUUUUGAGGGAGACUCAGUGAAGCUAGAAUGCCAAAUCUCAGCUGUACCUCCACCAAAACUUUUCUGGAAAAGAAAUAAUGAAAUGGUACAAUUCAACACUGAUCGAAUAAGCUUAUAUCAUGAUAACUCUGGAAGAAUUACUUUACUGAUAAAAGAUGUAAACAAGAAAGAUGCUGGAUGGUAUACUGUGUCUGCAGUUAAUGAAGCCGGAGUGAUCACAUGUAACACAAGAUUAGAUGUUACAGCCCGUCCAAACCAAACUCUUCCAGCUCCUAAACAGUUACGUGUUCGACCAACUUUCAGCAAGUAUUUAGCACUUAAUGGAAAAGGUUUGGAUGUGAAACAAGCUUUUAACCCUGAAGGAGAGUUUCAGCGUCUGGCAGCUCAAUCUGGACUCUAUGAAAGUGAAGAACUUUAG